AUGAAGAGUUCAUUUUCAGCCUUCCUAUUUGUUCUUCUGGCUAUUUUGAUCACCUUGGGUGAACAAGGUGUAGCAGCUGGCCGAUGGUGGUAUCCAUCAUCGCCACCACCUCCGCCGCAAAAUGGUUGGGUUUGGACAUGGCCAUGGCCUGUGUAUAGCUAUCCACCACCCCCAACCGCCGUAAAGCCACCUUCACAUCAUGGUCAAAAAUCUCCUCCUCUUCCUCCUCCUCCUCCGCAGCCACCGAUGGUUAAUGGCAAGUGCUUGGGAACAACCCUGGCGAGCAAACUAACCUGUCUUCAAGAUGUCAUAAGUUCGAUCCUGAUGUUUAGACCUUACGUUAGUCCAGAAUGUUGCGCUGCUGUUCAAGCGACUCAUGAAGAUUGCUUGAACACUAUUUUCGACGAGUUUAAUAAUCCAUUCCUCGCUCCUCUGGUUCAACAACAGUGUUUUCAAACACCCAAUCCCAAUCCCAAUCCCAAUCCUAAGCCUAAGCCCCACCAUGGCGGCCAUCACCGCCAUGGUGGCCACCACCACCAUGGCGGCCACCCUUAAUAAGUUUCCACCAUAGGUGAUUAGAUUUAGCUGUUAAUAAGAGUUUUAAUGGAAUAAAUUUAUAUGUAAUCUAGAUUGCUCUAUUGGUUCUAUUAGGUUUGUUUAGAUUUGAAUAUGAUAAUCUUUUAAUACAAAUUUAUUUACUGUUUU